AUGGGCAACCACACCACAGUGACCAUGUUCAUUCUGUGGGGAUUUUCCAGUUUCCCAGAACUGCAGAAUAUACUCUUUGCUGUGAUUCUUCUCUCCCAUGUGACCAUCCUCCUAGCAAAUGCAUCCAUCAUGGUGGCCAUCAAGCUCAACCACAGCCUUCACACCCCCAUGUACUUUUUCCUCUUCGCCCUGUCCUUUUCAGAAACCUGCACCACUAUGGUGAUCCUGCCCCGCAUGUUAGUGGACUUGCUAUCAGAGAGCAAGGCCAUCUCUCUCCCUGAGUGUGCCACCCAGAUGUUAUUCUUCUUUGGACUGGCAGCCAACAACUGUUUCAUUAUGGCUGCCAUGUCUUAUGAUCGUUACACUGCCAUCCACAGUCCACUGCAUUACCACAUUUUUAUGACCCAAAAGGUCUGCUUUCAGCUCAUGAUAACUUCCUGUGUGACUGGGUUCCUCUGUUCUCUUGGCAUCACCUUCACCAUAUUCAACUUGUCUUUCUGUGAUUCCAACAAUAUCCAGCACUUUUUCUGUGACAUUUCACCCUUGGUUCACCUUGCCUGUGAUUACACUGCUCACCAUGCAAUGAUUAUUUUUUUGCUCUCUGCAUUUGUGCUGGUGGGAAGCUUUGUUUUGAUCAUGAUUUCCUAUGUCUUCAUACUAUUCCUAGUUGUAAAAAUGUCUUCUGCACAUGGGAGGCAAAAGGCCUUCUCAACAUGCUCCUCCCACCUCACAGUUGUGUCUGUGCACUAUGGAUUUGCCUGUUUUGUCUACUUGAUACCCAAGAACACUGACUCCUUCCGUGAAGAUAUGCUGAUGGCUGUCACAUACACAGUACUGACACCUUUGCUUAAUCCCAUAAUUUAUAGCCUAAGAAACAAGGAAAUGAAGAUAGCCCUGAGGAAGGUAGUAGGCCAUAUCAAUAAAAGUUUGCCUUGCCUGACAAUUAAAAAUAACCCUGAACAUUUUAAGAACAACAACUGA